CUCGAAAUCAAGACAAUUCAAUAUUAUAGUCUUGGCUCAUCUUCUCCCUGUGGCAAUCAUGUUCUUUGCCAGAAGUCUAUUCCGAUCCUCCGCGACAGCGACAAGUCAGCCAGGCUCUGCCUCUCCAGAGUCUAUGCAAACUAACGGCAACCCCCAAUUUGAGGUUGUGGAUGAUGAUGCCGGCGAUGACCAUGAAAGCUUCCGAAUGGACCCUUCCAUCGAGAGUUCACGAUUUCGCACCAACUUCUAUCCAUCUUACACGAUGGUGUAUGGAUGGCCUAGCACCGGAGGCUUCUACAUGUUGCAAUGUGACGGCGUAGACCUCGAUUUCCUUGGCCUCAACCGGUUCGUCCCAACACCGCGGACCGACGACUCAGCAGACGAAGAUACCCACUGUAUCAACAUGCGCAGACUCGGCGCCAAGUUCUACAAAAGCGAUUGGGACUACUAUCUAAAGACAACUACACACGAGACUCCUCAGGAUCGUUAUCAAAAAGCCAUAAAGCUUGGCAAGGAUAACCUCUCCGCGGCUGAAGAGACUUACAAGGCCGCCGAGAAGUUCAUCGAGGUUUUUGGAUGGCCGACAACCGGUGGAGUCUGGGCAUUGAAGGUGUCCACGGACAAAGUCCACUCGUUUGGCAUUAGAAACGCCUUCACGAUGGACGAAAAGUGUCGGGCGAUGGAGAUGAUGGGGGGUGUCUUUUAUGCCGACCCAAACGAAUGCCCAGGCUUGGACCUUGUACAGUCAUAA